GUCAUUGUUGCCAUCAAAUUGUCAAAAAUAUUCAAAGGGAUGUGUUGUUAUUGAGAUAGUAAUUUUUGGUUAUGGUGCCACGUAAUUUGUCAUUAUUUUAUUAAAGUAAAUUAUGGGAAACUCAGAAAGUGUAGAUAUUCCUGGUGGUGGAUCGGAAGGAUAUCAUAUACUUCGAGUACAAGAAAACUCCCCUGGAAGUAAAGCAGGUUUACAACCGUUUUUUGAUUUUAUUGUAUCUAUUAAUGGAAUUCGUCUAGAUAGAGAUAAUGAUACUCUUAAGACCAUACUUAAAAAUGGAAUAGGUAAACAAAUUCCUAUGACUGUAUACAGUUAUAAGUCUCAAAGUGUAAGGACAUUAACAAUAGAACCAAGUGAUACUUGGGGUGGACAAGGACAUUUGGGUGUCAGUAUAAAGUUCUGUUCUUUUGAGGUUGCAAAAGAAACUGUUUGGCAUAUCCUUGAAGUUCAUCCAAACUCACCAGCGGCCAUAGCAAAACUACGACCUUUCACAGAUUAUAUAGUAGGUUCAGAUUCUGUGUUACAUGAAAGUGAAGAUCUAUAUAACUUAAUUGAAAGUCAUGAUGGAGUUCCUCUCAAGUUUUAUGUAUAUAAUUCUGAUGAUGAUACAUGUAGAGAAGUAACGAUAACUCCUAAUUCACAAUGGGGUGGAGAAGGUAUGUUGGGCUGUGGUAUAGGGUAUGGUUACCUCCAUCGAAUACCUGUAAGAAAUGUGGUGCAACCACCACCAACUACAACAAUAUUUAGUCAAGUUCCAACUAUAUCACCACCUAGUGACAAACAAAGUGAGAUACCCAGCAAUGCUACCACUGAAUCAAUCAAUACAUUAAUUCAAAAUACAGAAAAUUUGAAAAUACAACCUUGUCAGUUAGCUGAAGAAUCACAACUCCCCACUACGUCUAAUAGUACUGUUCAACAAAAUGCACCAGUAUAUACAUCUAAUGUACCAGCACCUUCGUCCAUUCCUAAUUUUAAUAUUAAUUUUCAAACUGUCGCUCCUACCAGCGAUGAUAUGAGUAACUCUAAUAUUCAAAACACAGCUACAUCUCAACCUCAGGUUUCUUUGUAUUCACCACAACCAGUUGCAACACCGGCUAUGUAUAAUCCUGCUGAUUAUCCUGUUAGUAAUAUUAACCCAACUGUAUAUCCAGUGUAUUCAUAUCCCCUGGAGCAGUCUAGCAAUGUCCAAACAAAUGUACAUCCUCCAAUGCAAACUAACUAUCCCCAAACUUACAUUCUGCCUCAAGCGCAAUCCAGUAACAAAUUGUAUGGUACACCUGCAUCAAAUUCAACUCUACCGCCACCGCCUUUAUCAGGUUUUCAAAACCAACCUAUAAUUUUUGACCCUCAUAUAGCUGCACAAUCGGCACAACAAUUAUUGAGUGGAGCAGCUGCGCCAUCUAGUAAAUCAGGCCCAGAGAUUAUGUAAUUUGAUAGUAUUUUUAAUAUUGACUUUUUACAAUCUUUAUAUUUUAUUGGUGUUUAUGGGAUUUGGAGUAUAAGAAAAUACAUUUUUUUGUUAUAUCAACUGACUUUAUGUGUAACAGUGGAAAGAUAAUUUUGGAGAUAAAUUUUAUCCAACAAGUUGAGGAAUUUAAUUGAGAAUAAUUCUGGGAAAAAAUUUAAUAUUGUCAUACUUUGAAAGUUUUAUCACCACUACACCAAUACUUUAAGGAACUAGUACCUGUUAGGGGUGAGGGGGGCAUAAUGAGGACGUUAAAGAAAAUAUACAGUAAAAUAAUCAACAUAAUGUAUUUAUUAAUGAGCACUAGUCACAAUACCUUGGUUACUUAUUAAACUAUCAUUUGGCAUAGAAUUUGGUGAUGUAAAUAAUCAUAUGACGUAAUAAUUUUAAUUUUUUGAAACUCUAAUGAAAACCCCAGCCCGCCCCAGGGUGGGGCAGUAUUUAUUUUGCGUCACAGUACAAGCAGAUGUGGAUUUCUUCUGUAUUCUCGUCGUCUCUACCAGCACAAGCUGUAUGAGCCCAACCAAACUUCCGAAGACUUUAAAUAAGUGUGGUUCACGUCAAGGUAGUACAGGCACAUGGUAUGCUCGAUGGCAUUUUCUACACUAGAGGAAGCUUUUUGGGUCUUCUGUUUCUUGGAGUUCUUCUUUAACUUGGGAUUAGAACACUUUUUCGUUCUUAUAAGUUGUUCUCGUUUUUCUAACUCAAUUUUGUAGGGGUUCGAAGUGAGAUCAACAGUUUUCCCCCGACGAUAGUUAUUUCUCGUUUGCUUUCUUUGUUUUUCGGGAUCGCGAUAAUUUCUUGAGAUGAAGCAUUUGCAAACGAAGUUCGAAUUGGAGAUUGGAUUAGGCUAUGUUCAUUAAGUUUUGAUGGUACAGGCUGAGGCUGAGAUGUUGUUAAAGCAGGCAAAUCUGCUUUAAAUGGAUGUUCUUCAAGAAUAGUUGGUGGUUGCUUCUGGAUUCGGACAUUUAAAGGACCUGUUUCAGACUCAUUAUUUGCUAGUGGUACGUCUGUGGUUGAUACAGCUAAAAAAUUGUAAAUUUAUUCUGAUAGAAAGGCCAUAUGUCACAUUUUUUGAAGGCAUUGAUGGAUGUAGACAUUGUUGCAGCUUGAAUAUAUGCAUUUGCAAAUAUUUCGCUUAUUUGAAAUGUUGUUAUUAUUCGUCCCGGGUGUGAUCUUAACCAAUUGGAGCAGGUUUGGUCAUAGUAUACAUUUAAAGGUUUCAUAAAGCCAACUUUCAAGGGUUGGAGCCUAUGGGUGCAAUGCGACGUACAGUAAAGCAUUAUAACGCCAUUUUCGCGUGCAUAGUCGUUAACUAUAGUUUUUUGUAAGUGUAGGCGGUCCUGUCGUGCCUCUCGUCCCCGUUAUGCUCCCCUUACUACUAUAAGGGUUAAAAAUGACGCAUAGUUAAAUAUUUUUUUUCUCGUUUUAUUUUUAUUAUUAUAAUUCUAUAUAGAUCUUUUUGUUUCUUAUCUUUUGAUAAUAAAGUGUUAGAAAACAAUUUUUUUUCUUCAACAUCAUUUCAUAGAGAGCGCCAAAGUUGAGACUUUGAGAAAAUUAUAGUCCCCACUGCGCUGAGAUAAUCUCGAAUUUGCUAAAUAUGAAACAAAAAUUUCAAAAAGCUUUUUAAAGUGGAAGGUAGCUUAUAUCGUAAUUUAUCACCUUUGAAUGAAAACUUGAGAAAAAAAAAACAAAAUGGUGGGUGUUAAAAUAAAUUGUAAAAUGAACGUUUUUUCACUUUUUUUCACAUGGCAAUUUUUUUCUUCAAAUUUUCUCGCAAUUUUCUGGUAAAUUACGGUAAAAUAAUACAAAUAAAACGCACAAAUAAUUAAAAACUCUGUCGAUGGGUUACAAAGAGUAACGCGUGCAACCUGGAACUAUUAUAACUUUCUUAUUAUUUUGAAUUUCGCUAUGGAAUUUGUGGAGAUGUUUUUUGAAAGUAAAAAGAUCCGAAAAAAGUAAAAAAAAAAUCAAUUUUUUGAAAAUCUUAACCGGGACUAGUCCCUUAAGCUGUAAAUGCAGGAAAUUACGAAAGUCCUAAAGGACCAUUGGACUGUGUAAUUGUGAGUGUUGAUUCAGUUUAAAUUAUCAACGAUUUUGGAAAGUCCAUUUUAGUAAACUUAGACAACACAAAAUUUGACUCCACUGUGUAAAAUUUCGAUAGUUUAGUUCGUAAUGACACAAAAAAAAUUAUAUAACUUAAGGUUUGUUCUUGGUAGCUGCACUGGAACUGUAUAGAAUUAGUUCGACCGGAUACAAAGAACGAUAUAGUGUAGAGAGCAAUGGAGCAUUUGUUGAUUGUUGUAUUUGAGGUUGUUUGAUGUGAUUCAGGCCUUGUAGUAUUAACAAUAAUGGAAAACGAUUUAGUAGAUUUUGAUAUUUUACAUACGUCCGAUGACGAAGGUGUAGUUUUCUAUUUAUGACUAUGAGAUUUUAUUUAAUGAUAAAUUAAAAAUUACUCACCAUCCAAACAUGUUUUACAAUAACAAGCAACAUGUGGAUUCCAUGGCUUGUCUUGAUUCUGAACAGGACAGACAAAAUAUGCUUCUUAGGCUUCACAGAUAUUUUAUGUCUCGAAUAAAUAAUAAAUUUACCACAUAUAAAACAAAAUGUAUCAGCCUCGUAUUUACACUUUCUAGAUGACAUUUUAACAUUUUCUAGACAUGUACAAAACAUAUGAUCGUUGUUUAUCACUCGAGUGCCAUCUGGAGGCACGGCGUGAAUGUAAAAACCCUAUUCUGAUCUCACAGUAUUUUAAGUGUAUUUUAACUAAUUGAAAAUUUAUAAAAAAAAAUGAAAAAUGAGUAUUAUUUCCAUAACUAUCACAAAAGCAAACUUUAUAUCAAAAAAAGGUAUUUUCUUCUUGCUUUCCUGUAUAAUUGACCCAAAAAUAUAAACUUUUUUGUUGAGUCGUGUAUUUUUACAAUUGAUUUCUUUAAUAUUUUUCAUACUUUGUGUGAUACAAUAAAAAAAUAUUUUUCAUUAUGUAAAUAUCUUAAUAAAUAAUCCAGCAAUGUAACAAUAUUUUCAUUAGCAGUAAUAUUGUCACAUAUUCAUGCAUAAUAUAUUUUUAAAAUGGGAUCAAUUGGUUGGAAUUUAGUGAUUUUUUAAAUAAAUGUUUAUUAAUCAUUCAUUAUAAUGUAUUGGAGAGUUUGUUGCAAAAUAAUAGAAAUAUGUAAAAUCGCUAAUUAAAAUCUACUAGUGUUGAUUUUAAAAAAAUUUCAAUAAAUUUUCCUGUUCCAUUUGAUUCCUACUCCACUUUUCGACUACCCACUUUUCUGUAAUCAAAAGUGAGAGGUGUCAAUCAAAAGAUGUGUACGUCGAACCUACAAAGUUUAGACUUACAAAUGAUUAUUUGUAAUGGUCAUUGAAGGUUAAAAAGUGUCAUAUUACACACCUCUUCUUCCCACCCUCAUUUAAUUUAAAAUAUUGUGAUCGAUAAAAUCUCAUCCAUUGUAGAUAUUUUUUAUAUUUAAAAAUAUAACACAUUGACAAAUAUUAUAAUACCUAUUUAACCCUCCGUCUGCAACGUGCUGUAGAAGUAAAAUUCUUGCAACGUCGGUCUGAGAGACCGAUAUCUAAAAAGUCCAAUAAUAUUGUCAGUUGUUAUUUUUUUUGCGGUAACAAGUUCGUUAUACAUCUUUUAUUAAGCCUCGCUAAGUUUUUGAUACAUUUUAUUAUACUUUUUUUUUUUAAUUUCAGUUUAACGUGCCUCGACAGCGCUGGUAUUGGCACACAAAAACAAUAAUAAGUUAAAUACAUUCGAAUUAAAUAAAAAUAAAACUACAGUUAAAUACAAAAAAUACAAUCUGUUACAAUAUAAAAUAAAUGUAAAUGUAAAUAAAUUAAAUUAUAUUUUCUUGUACAGCUUGGUGGCUUUAAGGAACUGCACGAUUUUCCUUAUUUCCGUCGGGCAGUUAAGUGUCUCCUGGAGGUUGGUUUUCAUGUCAAACUGUUGAUAUGCGGUGGAAUUGAUAAGUUCGGCAUUCAGAAAGUUUAGGGAAAUGUGAGAAGUAGUUGGGCGGAUUUGAUGUAGUGCUGUAGUGCUCUUGCUCCAUGUAUCGUGUCAAGAUUUUUUAGUGAGGUGUUUGAAAGUAAUCUUCAGAUCAUUGUCCAGCUGUACUGGGAUUUCAAGAUGAUUUUUUGUGGCGUUAUAUCAAGAGCAAUGAGAGUUUGGUAGGUGUUAUGAAUGUUUUGGACUAUUGGGUGGUCGGUGAAUAUGGUUGUGAUUGACUGUAUGGAUGAAAGAGAGUCAGUACAUAUGGCGAUAUGUUUAUGGGGAGAAGAAAUAUAUUUGAAGCCUUGAAGGAUACUGUAUAGUUCACCAGUGUAAACACUACACGUCGAGGGUAAGAGGAAAGAACUUAUGAGUUCGUGUUUUGUAGUGACUACGCAACCCACACCGGAUUCAGCUUUGGAGGCAUCCGUAUAGAGAAUUAGGUCGAAGGAAUUCUUAUGCAUAAUUUCCAAGAAUGCUUUCUCUACAAGAACGCUAGGGGUUGCUGCUCUGUUUUAUCGUCUGAGAAACUCUCAUCGCCAUCUAAGGGGACUGUUUCAUCAUCUUCUUCCAUCAACAUUUCAUCAUCAUUUCUGGAGCCGUGCAUGGGUUUCCUCGUAUGUCAUAUUCGCAAAUUUUAUCGAAAAAUACUACUAAUUAUAACCUAUUCAGAAUUAAUAAAUUUUUUAGACUAAAAAUCGUGCAUAAACUGUAACCGCGGUGUGAAAGACCGAAACGGUGAUUCGCCGACAAACUAACUGGGUAAAUAUGUGCUAAUGUUAAGAAAUCUAUGUGUAGACUGCAGCUUAAGGAAUACCUAGACGGGCAAGUUGAUACACUCAUGUGCCUUUGUUCACUUCAGAAUAAUUUUACGGAUCGGUGUGAGAGACCGCACGUUGCAGACGGAGGGUUAAUGGCAAACAAUAAAAACCAACAAUGAACUAAAAUACAACAAACUACUUAUUGAAAUAAUGGUUAAAUUUGAUUUAUUAUAAUUGGGACAGCAUAUAGGCAGUUUUGGAUUUAUUCUCCAUUGAGCUAUCCACAUAACCGUCUACCACAGUACUAGAUUUACAUCCUCUCGACUUUUUUAAUUGGAGUACAUUUGCACAGCUGUUGGCAAGUAACGUAGCGGCGGUUCUUCUUAGAAAGCCUUUCGAGUCCUCUAAAUUAAAAAAAGUAGCAAUUUUUUGGGAAAAAUUAGCCAUUGUAUUGUGUCCAAUUGUUUGAUUUUAUACUAUUUCUCGUCUAAGCCGAAUAAAAAUCUAUCGAUUUCUUUAUUUUUUCUCAAAUUCAUGUAGUCUCGAAUGAUCUUCACCCAUGCUGGAUCAGUAAUUAAAAAUGAUCUACUUGUAUGUGUUUUGGAAUCUAGAAUUUCAACCAUAAUAACUGUGCACUUGUAUAAGCUCAAACAUGAUUAAACAAAAUAACUUGAUUUAAAGAUCAUAAAUACAUUAUCUUUAUCGGUAGAAAUUCAUUUGGAGCUUUGUUUAAAAAAUUUCUUGGGCCUGAAACCCACUUUGUAUCGAUUUAGGAAGACCACCAGUUUCCCAUAUUUCGAAAUAUCAGUUUGUCUUCAAUUUGUGGCAUCGUUCGAAUCAUACUUUUGUCUGGUUUGUUCUCCAAAAUAUACUAAUAGUACAUUUUCGGAACUAGUAUUCUUCACCUGUUUUUCUUUUCACCACUUCCUAUAUAAUUCAAUAGCUUGGUAUAGGUACCUGCUUGAUUAUUCUAAGAAAAAUGCCUGGUAAUUUUUUCUUAAAUGUAAUAUUUUAGGUAUGUUCAGAACGAAACAAACUAUAUCUAAUCUCUCGACAGUAAUGAAGUUCUUCCCACCUCGGUGUGUAAUAUAAUAUUACUUGAAAAUACUAUUAAGUGUUUUAGUCAUAAAAUAAAGUAGAUUCUAAAAAAUAAAUGUCAAAAAUAUUAUUGAAACUAUUUUUAAAAUAAUUUUUAACAUCUUGUAAUAAUUUUGUUACAAAAUUUUACAAAACUCCAUUUUUUUGAUAUUGUCCUAGGGAAAUACUCUUCUGGGUGGCUUGUACUUUGAAGUAACCAAAACAAUUAUUUAAUCUUUCGAGUAAAUUUUUUAGGACUAAAAAAUUUAUUAAACGAAAUGACUAAAGUAAAUGCGGACCAAAAACAAAUCCUCUGGUAAAAUAGAGUGGGAAUCCAGUGGAACAAGUUUAUUAUAAUUUAUCGUUAAGUUGUAUUGAAAUUUACUCUAGUACCGAUUUUAUAUUUUUUUUCCUAUUUUCUGUGAAAUAGUUGCGAAUACUGUGAAAUAUAUAGAAGAUUUUUUAGUUUACAACUGAAAUAAUCUUUUUCCUCUGUAGCACAAUGUCUAAAGAUUAUUAAAAAUUUUAAUUUAGCAAAAACUGUUUCGUAUAUGCGAGUCUUUUCAUACCGAUCACUACCAUUAUUCGGUGGCGGAUCUAGAGUUUUAUUUUAGGGGGAUUAAACGGGUAAAAAUGUCAUGAAAGGACACUGAAUGUGUGUAAGUAUUAAAACCUUAAAGCGCUGCACCGAAUGAACGCGAACUUGACGCACUCUAGAGGUUCAUGAAUGGUUUAAAAUACGCCCCAAAUUUAAAGCUGCACUGAAUGAAAGAAAUGUGUAUGUAUACAAAGAAAUUUGAACGGUGAUCCACGAUUUUGAAUUAUUUAUUAUGUAUUAUAUACUUACUUUAUUGUAUGAAAUAUUUACACGUCGUCGGUGGGCGAGAUCCCUCAAUUUGAAUAGAAAUAUUUACAGUUACUUUACUACAACAUAUUUUAAAACGAGCGAAAUGGAUCCUGGUGAAUUUUUUAAACACAUAUGGAUAGAUCCGGGUUUAUAUGAUCAACUUUUGAACUUAUUGAGCAAAACAUUCAAUAAAAAAUCCUGAUGAAGAAGAUAAUCACCAGUUUUGUCAUGGAAUUUGCAAAUAAGUAAAUGAUUUCCUAUAUUCUGCCUAAUUUUGGUUUUGUAUCCAGCCGACUGUCAUGUGCACGUAACAUUCUAACUUCACUAUUGCUUCUCAGAGAAAAACCUAUAUCUGAGUCGGAACCCGAAUGGAAUUUCUGGAACUACUUUACUUUUUCUGUUAUGGUGGAUGUUUCGCUGUAAUAGGCUGCCGGGCCGGAAUACGUGCCACAUCAUGGGCUUUCGGUAAAUGAUCGCCCUAAUUCGCUGAGUUGCAUGUAACCGUCAGGGCAGCUGCCCAAUUUGGAUGUUUCGUAUCAACCGAGAAGUCAUUUUUCAGGAUAUCUGCAACUACAAACUGCACUAGAAAAGUGAGGUUAUGUUUUUGACGAUCAGCGCAUGAAAAGUUGGUUAACUUUGACGUCUAGAGUGCGUAUAAGCGCGAUCAUUGUGUGCGUAAUCACUGUUUCUUAACAACAACAUUUAUGAACAUCUAGAGCUCGUCACGCUCGCGUUUAUUCUGUGUACCGCUUAACGGAUAUCAUACAAUAUUAGAUGUAGUAGUGUUGGAAAAUAUCUUCAUCGAAAAAUAGCUCAAACAACACUACAGGAGACAUUAUAAUAUUGGUUGUAGUCUGAUUCGGAAAGGAUUUGGACAUAAGUUGAAUUUCCUCUUCUGAAGAUCUGUAUUCGGUACUGUUUUUAAAAAUUUCUGUUUAAUUCGCUACUGUAAUAUAUAUUUUUCCUUUAGUAUUGAUAUAGUUGGUCAUGUCUUCCUCAGUAGGAUCAAUUCUAUGUCCAUCUGCUAAGAGGGAAGUCUAUCGAUCAUUGUAAUCUUCAUCCUCCGAUUCUUCAUCAGUAAAAGAACUAGGUUCGGUGGAUUGGAUCAAUAUAUAUAUUGAGUUCACUAGUAGUUCAUCAGAAUAUGCAAUUUUAAGAGCUUCCUCUAAAAAAAAGCCGCGUCUAAAAAACAUGUGAAUAAUUUGUCAUCAAAAUAUCAAAAUAAACAUGUGCGGGUGUUAACACAAAUCGGUAUUAUAAAUAAUUUUUUUAUAGAAACAUGUAUUUGUGUUUACUUAAAUACCACAUCAAAAAAAGUAGGAAUAUUUGUUUCCGGUUAAAAGAGAAUUUGUCUUUACUCGAACCAUAUGUCCAUUCUUAUUGCCACGACCACGAGGAGUUGCAUUAACUUGCUGACAAACAGCUGUUCGACCACUUUCUGCAACUUGCCAUUAAUUGAUAAGACGUUAUACACAUCCAAGUAAAUAUAUUUGCUGUCAUCUAUCCAUUACUUGCCUAAGUUUUUUUGAAAUUCACGUUGUAAAAUUAUAUGUUUACUGUGGCCAUUUGGCAACACUAGGCCUUGAUUGGUUGAAAAGAAAAUGCAAGAAGCAAACUAUUUAUGUAUAUUUAGUUAUUUAUAGAAAUAAACCGAUUGAACAUUUGAAAAUAAUCUGCCGAUAAGAUGUUUUAAAAUGUAUGUUUUCUUGUAAAAUAAUCUCCUAGUUUCAUCAAAUGUUUUAGCCUCUAUUGUAAAUUACAUAUUAUUAUUAUGAAGUAUAUUUAUUGUGUCUAAAAAAUGAAAUUAUAUAUGCUGAAACACAAAUAAAAGAACAGAGCAAAUGUU